CAUUCAGAGGUGUGGCUGAAGUUGCAGUAUGCUUCCUUUGGUUUUGCUCUUUCUAAUUUUUUCUUUUCUCUUUGCAAUUUUUCUCCUCUCAGACUGUGACCUUGUCUUGCUGUAUCAUUCCUAUUUUAAGGGCAGAGGGACACUGACUAGUAAAUUUGGUGGUAAAGUUGUGUGGAUCACUGGUGCUUCAUCAGGGAUAGGGGAGAGCCUAGCAUACCUCCUCUCCUCCAGUGGAGCUAAACUGAUCCUCUCAGCAAGAAGAAAGAAUGAACUGGAAAGAGUUUUAGAGAAAUGUCAAGCUCUCUCUCCCCUUGACAAUAAAAACUCUCACUCUAUACUCUGUCUUGACUUAUUGCAGUACGAUGAACAUGAGAAUCAUGCUAAGAGAGUCAUUGAACAAUACGGGAAGGUCGACUUUCUAGUUAAUAAUGCUGGUCUCUCACAGCGUAGCGUUGCUGUAGAAACAAAGCUUGAAGUCCCUAAAUAUUUGCUAGACUUGAACUUCUUUGGCACAAUCAGUUUAACUAAUGCAGUCCUACCUUACAUGAUGAGAGAGAGAAGUGGCUGCAUUGCAAUAGUCAGUAGCAUUGCUGGAAAAAUUGGAGUGCCAUGUUCUACUGGUUAUAGUGCUAGCAAGCAUGCUUUGCAGGGAUAUUUUGAUGGAUUGAGGAUUGAAAUGCAAAGCUCAGGCAUCAGUGUAGUCAGUGUGUGUCCUGGUGCAACAGGAACCACUGACUCUAGGACUGUCCUUGGAACUGCAUUAGAUAAAAGCACUAGUCCUCUUCCUUUCCAAUCCAGAAUGUCAGUUGAAAGAUGCUCUUAUCUUAUUGGGGUUGCUAUGGCUAAUGAGUUGGAGGAAGCAUGGAUUUCCCAGCAUCCGCAGUUAUUGUACACGUACAUCAAUCAAUAUGCACCAUGGACAGCUAAGAAAUUAGGCAAAACUGUAGGCCAGAAAACGUUUGAAGCUAACAAAAAGACAAAUUCUACAUGAUGAUUAUGAUUUACAGGCACUAUAGCCCAAUUAUAGAAUGUUCUUCCUUUUAUUAAUUUUUAUGUGUGUAUCUUAGAUGUAAA